AUGCAGCACUGCCGCGCCGUAAUAUCGUACGAGCCCAUGCCCAGCGAACCCUGGAACGCAAAACUCCAGAAUGUAUCCAUCCGGGAUAUCGAUCCGGACGAAUGUCUAGUAGAGGUGGUGGCUAGUGGAAUCUGCCAUACCGAUCUGGGUAUCGCAGCACGGCCAGGCUCUAUUUUCCCCGACCAGUCCAUCGCAUUCUGCGGCUCCUGUCCGAGCUGCAGCUCCGGACACCCUUCGUAUUGCUACGAUGCAUACAAGCUGAACUUCGCCCAUCCUGGCUGUGAUGCCUACGCGCAGGAUACGUCAACGCCCGUGGUUGGCGGGUUUUUCGGACAAUCGAGCCUCGGCAAUCUCGCCGUCGUGAAGGCCAGCUGCAUCGUCAACCUAUCCGGAAUCGUCAAAUCACGAGAGGAACUCCAACUAUUUGCUCCACUGGGAUGCGGUCUUGCGGGCGUCAUGGCCGCAAAAAUCAUCGGCUGCAGACGGAUCAUUGCGGUCGACCGUAUCCCGGAGCGGCUGGUGCUGGCGACAGAGCUGGGUGCUACUCAUACAAUUCAUACUGGAGAACUAACAACGAGUCUUGCAAAUGCUGUGAGAUUGGCAACAGAUGGAAUCGGGUCCAGCCUUACUAUCGAAACCACCGGGGCACUUCCGAUCAUCCAGGAAGCGUUGGACAUGACCAGCAUCCUCGGCAGAGUGGUCCCAGUAGGCAUGUCAAAAGAGCCUCUUCAGACAGAUAUGACAAAAUUUAAACUGGCCGGAAAGUCUCUUCUUGGGAGCAUGCAGGGGGGUGUUAUUCCGUCCAAGUAUAUCACACAAAUGAUCGAGUGGUAUCGAGAGGGAGAGUUCCCUAUUGAAGAGCUGAUCCGCUUCUACAAGCCAGAGGACCACGUGGAGGUACAGGAUAUGAAAGCAGGGCCUACCGUGAAACCUAUUAUACACUGGUAG